AUGUCUCUCUCCGAAAAUCCACCUGUAAAAUCAUGGGAUUUGGAGUUUCAUUCAAUAGUGGCAGCGUUUAAAAAAAGUGGCUUAUGGGAAUUGCCUAUUGAACAGGCUCAAAAGCAAUUUGUUGAGUCAAGUAAGAUCGAGGUUCCUUCUAAUAUAAUUAUAGAUCAAGUCAUAUUAGACGAACGAUACAGGCAAGAGAGUAGAAAACAUUUAGAAAAAGGUUUAAAAAAAUAUGAGGAUGUGUUAGACGAGAAAUGGAAAGAACCAAAUGAUAAACUACACGGAGAGUGGGCUCAGCUGAAAGCAAUAGAGCUGUUACAUUUAAAUACGCAGAGCAUGUUAAAGCUCGAGUUUUUUAAUCAAUUUCCUGCUUCUCUUUGUGAUUCAGUUGCUGCAUAUCUUUAUCUUUUAGACCCUGGUCUAGAUGCUGGAUUUAAACCGAUUAAUCCUAAAAAAAUUGUAUUUGUGGGAGAGAGUGCAGGAGGCGGUUUAGCUCUUGCAACACUCUUAUUUUUAAGGGAUACAGGGUUACCUUUACCAGGAGGUGCAGUUGUAUUGUCGCCAUGGGUGGACUUAACCCAAAGCAUGCCAUCUUUUUGGAAUGCCGAACUAGAUAAGGUCGAUAUUGUGCCUAGAGAAUUGGGCGUACACAAAAUUGAGUAUUCAAGUCCUGUCGCAGACGAAUUUAUUGUCAAUGCUAAGGCUCUAUCUGAUAAAAUUGCCCAAAAAAAACCUACAAUUGUCGGUCAUUCCUCUUUCACUGAAGUACCUCGUAUUCACUUAUAUUGUGCUAAUGAAGCACUAGCUAUCCCUUACGUUAGUCCUAUGCUUGCAGAGUCUUUGGGAGACUUACCGCCUAUCUUAUGUCAAGUUGGAGAACUUGAAAGGGCUCGUGAUGAAGGAAUAUUAUUAAGUCAUAAAGCUGCAUUUCCUCAUGAAUAUCAAUUACCUUCAUAUGCAACUAAAAAUUUUGAAAAGUCUCCUUUUAAGAAUCCUACUAAAGUUAUACUUGAAGUUUAUGAUGAUAUGCCUCAUUACUGGCAGGUGAUGUCUUCUUCUAAACCUUCUCAAAUAGCGAUAAAACGCUGUGGUGAGUUUAUAAACCGUGUUACUUCUGUAGAAGAUAAUAAUUCUUCCAUUGUUGAUCUUCUUAAAGAAGAUGUAUCUCCGUCUAUUUCUAUUUCUCCCUCAUUUAUUGCAAUGAAAGUCAAUACAAAUGGUGAGGUCAGAGAAUUGAAUAAAACCGACCGGGAUUGUCUGAAAUGGGCCAGGAUAGGUGUUUUUGUAAAUCUCGGUCUAGGCCCUCGUUUUUUAGAUGGUUUUUCAUAG